AUGUCAAAGGAGACGAAGUUACAUAAGAAGCCAGCCUUUGAAGAUAGUACAUCCAUUGUUCCAUGUGAUAUCUUAUAUCGUAUCCUUAUUAAUCUACCUGUUAAAUCUUUGUUACGUUUUCGAUCUGUUUCCGCACCAUGGAAUUCUAUAAUCUCUGAGGAAGAAUUCACAAAAGCUCACCGUGAUCAUUCCAAAGCUUUGGUACGUAAAAAACUCUUGUUACAAAGAGCUUUUACCUCCGAAUUCAGGUUUAUGGACUUGGAAAUUAGUCCACAAGUUGCCAUAGAAAGGCAACUCUUUCCUCUAAAGAUAUUCAAUGAUGAUCAUGACGUUUUAUGCUCACAUGAUGGAUUGGUACUAUUGAAGAAACGUAAGUCUAAUAAGACAUUUAUUUUGUGGAAUCCAUCAAUCAGACAACAACGAACUCUCCUAUGUCCAUAUCCGGAAGCUUACGAUGACGACGACGACGAUGAAAGAAUGCUUCCUUAUGGUUGUGGGAUGUGUUAUGAUUCUAGUACUGAUGAUUACAAAAUUAUUUCGAUCUAUAACGAGUUUUAUGCUGUUUGGUCUAUGAGAAAUAGCAAUUGGACAUAUUACUAUGGUCAGGGUAUUAGCACAGAGGAUUGUGUAUUUUGGUCUCUAAAUCAAGAAGUUGAUCAUCUGGUAUGUAAAGCUUCAACAAUUAUAUAUUUUGAUGUGAAGUCAGACGAACUGAAAGUACUUCCAAAACCAAAAUUUACAAGUGAAGAUGAUCAAUUGUUUCGUUUGACUACUUUGAAAGGUCGCCUCAGUUUAUACGGUAGAAAAACCACUGAUAAAGACUUGGACAUUUGGAUCAUGGAACGAGAUGGAUGGAAAUGGUUAAUGAAAGUUUGCGACGUACCAUUAGGGUUUUGCGAGCAUUAUUUUGAAAGAUACAGUGAGCUUUUGUAUUGCACAGGAAAUGGUGAUAUUGUAUUUAAAGGACCAACGAAAUACCAUUUCUCCAUCUAUAAUCCUAAACAACAACGAUUUGUUACAAAGGUUUGUAUAUCGAAUAAUUUCGAGUAUGAGUAUCCUCCUGUCACCUUGUGUUUGGAUAUCCUAUAUUUUCCCAGACUCAGUGUCGUCAUGCACGAGGAGGAGUAA